AUGGCCUCGUCAGGGGUAAGCAAGCUCUUCAACGCGCCGUCUGGUGCCGUGGCAGACGUACGCAUCAUAAACUGCACUUCAGGGAUCACUAGAUUGCCGGCAAGUUUCUUGUUACACCCACCUCUCCAAGGCAUGCAAUACAUGCCAGAUAUACCCACGCGGUCCUUUCUCAUCGAGAGCCCGACGACGGGCAAAAAGGCGCUCUUCGACCUGGGGGUACCACCCAACUUUCUCGAUUUCUCGCCCUUUAACCAGGACCAACUGAGAAACCCGGCGUGGGAGAUUCGCUCCGAGAAACACGUAGCGGACAUUCUCAAGGAGAACCAGAUUGAUCCUGCUUGGAUCAAUUCGAUUGUUUGGAGCCACCGGCAUUUCGAUCACAUCGGAGAUCCCUCCACCUUCCCUGGGUCGACAGAGCUUGUAGUUGGGCCCGGUUCUAAGCAGACAUUCUAUCCCGGGUAUCCGACAAUCAAAGAUUCUCCUUCACGUUGGGCUAAUCAUUGUCGGUUCCGCUUCGACAGAGGCCGCGAGACCAGGGAGAUCAACUUCGAUGACGGUCCUCCACUUCAGAUUGGGCAGUUCAAGGCAAUGGACUUUUUCGGCGAUGUCAGGACGAUCGUCAAGGCCCAAGAGGCCGACGCAGACGACAAGGUGUUGUUCAUCUACGCCCAUUCCAAGGCUGUAGAGCGGUACGCAGAACUCUUUCCCCUCAAAGCUAACCAAUGGAAACGGAAGGGAUGGAAGCGCAAGGUGCUUUGGGACUUUGUGAGAGAUUUCAAGGUCGCAGUUGAUGCGCAAAGCGGUGGAAGCGCGUUUAAUGCGGCAGGUGAAUAA